AUGGGUUCUGUGUGGUUGCUUUUGCAUUAUAACAGUAAGGAUUUUGAUGUGAGGGUUGAAGACACUGACUUGUGUCAUUUGAUGGGGUUGUAUGAGGAUGUAAAGGAGGAGUCAGCUAAGCAGGAUGUGUAUCUCCCUAAGGCAUUUAGGUUAGUUGUCCAUAAUCCUAGGACUAAUAGGAAAAUGGAGAUUGAGAGUGAUAAGGACUUGGAGAGGGUUUGGUCUUUUGGUAGGGUCACAGACACCAUUGAGAUAUGGGUGGAGGAAACAAACAAUCCUAGGAUAGUAUUUAGGGCAUAUGUUCAAUUAAGGGAACAAACUGAGAAGGAAAAACUGGAGAAUAUAAGGAGAGUUCAAGAGAUUUUAAGGAAAGAACAGGAAGAGGAAGAAAGGAGGCAAGCAAAGGAAGAGAGAAAAAGGAAAGAAGAGGAUGAGGAGAGGGAAGCUCAUGAGGCAAGAAGUUUCUGUGUUGCUAUUGAGGUUUCCAUCCUUUCUGUGGAUGAUGUGAAGAUAUGUAAGUAUAUGAGGGUGUUUGAAACUGAGGGGGCUGAUGAAUGUUGUCCUGGUCCAUCUCAGCCCACUGCCUCACCUAGUGUACAACCUACAGCACCACCUACACCAACCAAACAACCUACACCACCAACACCUUCACCUAGCAAACAACAUACACCACCCCAUUCACCACCUAGAGCUCAAACACCACCUCCUUCACCUCCUAGAGAACCAAUACCCCCUCCUUCACCUCCUAGAGAACCAACACCCCCUCCUUCUCUUCCCACAGAAAAAACACACACUCCUUCCCCUCCUAGAGAACCAACACCCCCUCCUUCACCUGCAACAGAAAAAACACUGCCUCCUCAGUCACAAACCCCCUCCAAGAAAAUUAGAAGGGUUAAAACCACCCCAGUUAGGAGACCUAGAACUAGGAACCAAACUCAAAGCCCCGUCUCAAACACAGAGGAGUCUCCUUUACCACCUCACAUGCCUGAACAUAACAAUCCAAUUUCUGCAAAACCAAAAAAAAGCACCUAG